AUGAAGAACAAGCGCAAGUACGUGCGCUUCAGUUGGCGCGAGAAGAAGAUCAUCUGCAGCGUGGUGGUCGGCAACCUGCUGUACGGCUGCAUUGUCGGCGUGCUGGUGCCGUUCUUCCCCAGCGAGGCAGAGCGGCGCGGCGUGUCGCAGUCGCUGGUGGGUGGCGUGUUCGCCGUCUACGCCUUCACACAAUUCGCCGUGGCACCACUGGUCGGCAAGCUAAUCCCCGUGCUGGGCGCGUCACGUGUCUUCCACCUGGGCCUGGGCACGGCCGGCGCCUCGACGCUGGUGUUCGGCCUGCUGGACUAUAUCGGCGACCCCAACGGCUUCAUGGCCGCCUGUUACCUGGCGCGCGUGGUGGAAGCGAUCGGCACGGCGGCCUUCAUCACAGCCUCCUACACGAUCGUGGCCAACCAGAUCCCGGACAACAUCAACCUGCUGGUGGGCACGUGCGAGACCAUGUGCGCCGUGGGUCUGGCGGCGGGGCCGGCCAUCGGAGGGGGCCUGUUCACCGCCGGCGGCUACGGCCUGCCGUUCUUCGUGCUGGGCGGCAUGUCGCAGAAGAUGAUGCGGUCUUCCGAGGUGUGGCUCAACGUGGUGGUGCUGCUCUUGGUGGCUGUCGACUGGACGGCGCUGGACCCUGGCCUGGCGCCGUUCGUCACCGCCGAGUUGGGUGUCUCGCCCGCCCAGCUCGGCCUCUUCUUCUUGCUGGCCAGUGGCACCUACGCCGUCAUCGGGCCCGUCUGGGGCAAGCUGUGCGACGACCUGCCCAACAACUACGUGCAAAUGACGGCCAGCCUGCUGCUGGCCGCCGUCGGUCUGAUCCUAAUCGCGCCCACGGCCGUGCUGCCGCUGGCGCCCAGCCGCUCCCUGGUGGCGCUUGGCAUGACCAUGCGAGAGCUGUUCCUGGGCGGCGCCUUCAUCCCCACCUUCGGCAACAUCCUGCGCGCCGGCGGCGAGGUCGGCCUCACGGACGGGCUGGCAACGCAGGCGUACGUGUCCAGCAUCUGGUGCAGUACCUUCUCCAUCGGCAACACCAUCGGCCCGCUGGCGGCCGGCGUGGCCACAGACGCCUACGGUUUCCCGGCCACGACCAUACCGGACAGCGAGUAG